AGUUCUGUGUUAGUUGACGAUGACGUUUGCCUGAGACAAAAAUGUGCCUUGCUUCAGCUAACGGGAUGAAUUAACUAGUGUGCUACCGAAGAGAUUCAUUGAAAACUGCAGCAAACACGUAAGGCAAAUAAUUGAGUGACAGAGGCAGGAUGUUGGAGUCCUAUGUCACGCCCCUGUUGAUGACCUACGUGAACAAAUACAUCAAGAACCUGAAGCCCUCUGACCUGCAGCUGUCGCUAUGGGGAGGAGACGUAGUACUGAGCAAGCUGGAGCUGAAGCUGGAUGUCCUGGAGCAGGAGCUGAAACUGCCCGUUACCUUCCUGAGCGGUCACAUCCAUGAGCUGCGUAUCCACGUACCCUGGACCAAGCUGGGCUCCGAGGCCGUGGUCAUCACCAUCAACACAAUGGAGUGUAUCCUCAAAUUGAAGGACGGAGCGCAGCAGUCCAACAGCCCCAUGGCGCAGUUCAUCACAUUCUAG